AUGAUUACCAUUUCCAAUCAAUAGUUGAUUCCGUGUAGAUUAUAUCUCUUAAAAACGGAUAAAUUGAUUAUUAAAAAUAAACAAGAAGAGGGAUUGACAUUUACAUUCAUUUAAUAAAAGAGUAAACCAUUAAAAGUAGAAGAAUAAUGUAAGUUUGAUUGUAAAGUUGGAAAUCAUUAUUUAAUUUGUGAUAAAUUAAAUCUAAAGGCUGAAGUUUAUGUUUUUAAAAAUUAAUAUCAUAGAGAAAAAUAUUAAUCUUAAGAAGAAGAAUUUAAAGCUACAAAAUCAGAAUAAUAAUAUGAUAGUGAAGAUAUUUCUAAUGAAAAUGAUGAAAUUAUGAGUGAAGAAAUAUGGAUUUUAUCAAAAGGAAAGUAAACAACUGCUGAGACCUCUUCCACUUAUUAUUCUAAAAAAGAAAACUAAUCAACUACUUCAGAUGUUAGUGAAUAAUUAUUACCAGAAAAAAGAGGAAAACGUAAAGGCUCAGAUCCUGUGAUUUAGAAAACAGACUUUAUAAUAAAACCUAAAAUCUAAAGAGGAACUAAUUAAAAUAAUAAUUUAUUAUAAAUUCAAUAAUAUGCAUAAAUUACAUAAGAAAAAUAAAUCAUAAUCUCAUAAGAAUAAUUAUAAUUAUUAAAAAAUAAUUGGAAUGCUUAAAAGAUGAUUAAUGAAUAUCUUAUAAAUUAAUAUUCUUAUUAAUGA